AAUUGUAGAAGUUCUCUCUUUCUUUAUUCUCCUUUGUGCUCAAAUCGGGUAUAUUCAAUUCUAAUUGUUGGUGCCUAUCAGCUAUUGCUGAAGCAUUCAAGAUGAUGAAACCCAAUCGUUGAAGAUGGAUGGCAUACUUAUGAGGUGUUUAACAGAAAAUCCAAAAAGAAAGGCAGCCGGCAGAUUUCAUAUCAAUCUUCUUGCUCCCUAUGCUUUGGCUAUCUGGUAUGGUGCAAGGUUCAUCUUGGGAAAAGGAUAUACUGGCGGUCAAGUUCUCAAUGUUUUUGACGUCAAGCUUCUCCAUUCAGUAGCAAGCGAUUUACUUCUUAAGGGAGAGUUUUCCGCAAAAAUGUGUGAUGCUGGUGGCGAAUUGACAAUGCACAGGAGGAAUGUAAGUUCCAAAUUCUACUUUUAUGAACUACAAUGUUGAUUUCUAAAACAGCCCCGCGACUAUUUCAAGUGCAUGUGUUCUUUAAUCUUUAACUUGCUUCCAUUCAAUUGUUAUUAGAGUAAGUCCACAAAAUAUUUGUCUCUUCAUUUACAUAAAGCAGUUGUCAGUUUUUCAGCUUUUUCUCUUUGGAAACUAUUUCCCUUUUCUUUACAAAUUUUCACAGACUACUUGGUUGGAUGAUAAGAAAGUUCUCGAUCUAUGUAUCACGUCGAAAUUAAAUGAACUUUCUGUAUAGACGGCUUUUGCCGCAGG